UCUGCCAUUGGCCAUUGUAUCUCUCGACAAAAAGCAAAUUCGUAACCCUAAGUCACCAGCUUCAUCUCUCUGAAAUCCAGCUGCUCUCCCUCUAGAUCAAAUAUUUUCCUGAAUCUCUUUCAAUCCCAUCAAAAUUUCAAUCUCUACCCCAUUAAAGCUUCAAUCUUCACACUUCUCCCCAUUAAAACUUCAAUCUUUAUACUUUUCCCCUUCCUCUCCUCUAUUUCUCUACAUCUUCCUCCAAUAAUCGCAGAUCUUGACUGAUUUUUCAGCUGAGGUUUUUGUUGCCUGAAUACGUCAUGGCUUCCUUGGAUAUGACUCUUGAUGAUAUGAUAAAAAGUAGGAGAAAUACUGAGAGAGGUGGUAGAGGACAAGGCAGGGCCCGGCGUGGAAGAGGAGGAUCAUUUAGAGGUGGAAGAACAACAGGAGCUCCUCGUAAAGUGCCACUUGGUGUAAAUGCUCGGCCAUCUGCCAACAGAAUUGCCAAGUCUUUCCGCAGAACGAAGAAUUUGCCAUGGCAGAAUGGCAAUGGCUUGUUUGAAGAUAGUCUUAGAGCUGCAGGGAUAUCAUCUGGAUUGGAGAGUGGCACUAAGGUGUAUGUUUCCAACUUGGAUGUUGGAGUGACAAAUUCUGAUAUAAGGGAACUCUUCUCCGAGAUUGGUGAACUGAUACGAUAUGCUAUCCACUAUGACAAAAAUGGUCGUCCAAGUGGUGCAGCUGAGGUGGUUUUUGCCAGAAGGAGUGAUGCAUACCAAGCACUUAAAAGAUACAACAAUGUUCAGUUGGAUGGGAAGCCAAUGAAGAUAGAAGUUGUUGCCCCCCCCACAGACAUGCCUUUAUCAGCUCGUGUAGAUGUUGGACGAGGAAGUGGAAGGAGGACAGUUGUCAUGAUGCCUGGCUCAGCUCGUGGAAGGGGUGCCGCGUCUGCUGCUAAUCGUGGUUCAAGUCAAAGGGGCCGUGGAGGUUUCGGUACUGCAUCGGGGCGUGGGCGCAGUCGUGGCCGUGGAGGUGGACGUGGUCGUGGUCGUGGCGGUAGGGGGAGAAAGAACGGCGUUGAGAAGUCAGCGGAAGAACUUGACAAGGAGUUGGAAAACUAUCAUGCUACUGCAGAUGCUAUGCAGACCUAAUAAUGGUGUGUACUUUCAGUCCUUGUGGCUAAGGGAAAGAAUUGCAAGAACAUUUGCUGUAAAGAGUUUCCUGAAUGUUUUAGUGGUUUUUCUGAUAUCUGAUAGAUUUGGAGGAUACUGGUUUUGGUUUAAUGGUUUGUAACAUGACCUAUUAGAACGUUUAUGCAGUAGUAUAUGACUAUAUAGUUGCGUUAUUUUGUUCUGUGACCAACCAAUUAUUAA